AUGGGGGGACAGGAGAAUACAAGAUGGGAGACAGGACAAGGGAGGAUAGGAGAACAGGAGAACAAGAGAACAAGAGAAUGGGGGGGGGACGGGGAAAUACAAGACAGGAUACGGGAAAAUAGAAGAAAUGGGAGAAUGAGAGAAUGGGAGAACAGGAGAACAGGAGAGCAAGAGAUUGGGAGAUUGAGAGAUCAGGAGAACAGGAGAGUGAGAGAUCAGGAGAAUGGCAGAACAGGGGGAUGGGGAAAUAUGAGAUGGGAGACGGGAGAACGAGAGAAUUGGAGAACUGGAGAACAAGAACACUGGAGAAUGGGAGAAUGGGGGGACGGGGGAUGA